CCAACUAACUCCUUUUUCUUCUCUGUAAAUAUAUUCCUCUUCUUCUACACAACAGAACAAACCCUAAAACACUUCAAAAUGAGUUCUUUGAACUCCAAAUUAUUCUUUUUCUUAUUAUUUUUCUUGCUACUGACCACAAACCCAACUCAUUCUCUGUCACCCGACGGCCUUUCACUUCUCUCUCUAAAAUCCGCCGUCGAUCAACCACCCGCCGACGCCAAUCCAUUCUCCGACUGGAACGAAGACGACCCAACUCCAUGCAAAUGGACCGGCAUUUCAUGCAUGAACAUAACCGGAUACCCCGACCCACGUGUCGUCGGAAUUUCAGUUGCCGGCAAGAAUCUACGUGGCUACAUUCCGUCAGAGCUCGGAACUCUUUUGUACCUCCGUAGACUCAAUCUUCACAACAAUAAUUUUCACGGGUCCAUUCCUAACGAGCUUUUUAACGCUACUUCACUUCACAGUCUGUUCCUUUACGGCAAUAAUUUAUCCGGGCCGUUGCCUGUUACUCUCUGUAACUUACCUAGGUUACAAAAUCUUGAUCUUUCUAAUAAUUCUUUGUUAGGUUCGUUGCCGGAGAAUUUAAACAAUUGUAAGCAGUUACAACGGCUGAUUUUAUCAAGAAAUAGAUUCUCCGGUGAAAUUCCGGCUGGGAUUUGGCCGGAGUUGGAUAGUUUAGUUCAGCUUGAUUUGUCUGAUAAUCAGUUCAACGGGUCAAUUCCUAAUGAUCUUGGUGAACUUAAGUCUUUGAGUAAUACUUUGAAUCUUUCGUUUAAUCAUUUGUCCGGUAAAAUCCCAAAAUCUUUGGGAAAUUUGCCUGUAACGGUUAGUUUUGAUCUUAGAAAUAAUAAUUUAAGCGGCGAAAUUCCUCAGAUUGGGUCGUUUGUUAAUCAAGGACCAACUGCUUUUUUAAAUAAUUUGAAUUUAUGUGGGUUCCCUCUUCAAAAAUCAUGCAAAGAUUCCUCCGAUCAUGAAAGUUCGCCGGCGGCGACUCAGAAUUCAUCUCCGGAGUCUAAUAGUUUCAAGAAAGGGUUAAGUUCUGGGCUGAUCAUACUUAUAUCAGUGGCGGACGCCGCGGGAGUAGCGUUCAUCGGAUUAAUUAUAGUCUACUUUUACUGGAAGAAGAAGGAUAAUUCGAACGGCUGUAGCUGCACCGGGAAUAAAAAACUCGGCGGUGGUCAAAAAUCAAGAGCCUGUGGUUUCUGUUCUUGUGUUAACGGUUUAAACGGCGAUGACUCCGAACCGGAGGAGUUAUCAAAGUCAGCGGCGGAGAGAGGCAAAGGUGACGGUGAACUGGUGGCAAUUGAUAAGGGUUUUAGUUUCGAGCUUGAUGAGUUGCUUAGGGCUUCGGCUUAUGUGUUGGGGAAAAGUGGGCUGGGGAUUGUGUAUAAGGUGGUGCUCGGAAAUGGGAUUCCGGUGGCGGUGCGGCGGCUGGGGGAGGGUGGUGAGCAAAGGUAUAAGGAGUUUGUGGCGGAAGUGGCGGCGAUUGGGAAGAUUAAACAUCCUAAUGUUGUGAAGUUGAGAGCUUAUUAUUGGGCGGCUGAUGAGAAACUUCUUAUUAGUGAUUUUAUCUCUAAUGGGAACUUGGCUAAUGCUCUUAAAGGGAGAAGUGGCCAGCCAUCUCCAAGUUUCUCAUGGGCAACCAGACUGAGAAUCGCCAAAGGAACAGCAAAAGGCUUAGCCUAUCUUCAUGAAUGUAGUCCGAGAAAAUUCGUACACGGAGACAUUAAACCGUCAAAUAUCCUCCUCGACAACGAAUUCCAGCCUCACAUUUCUGAUUUUGGCCUUAGCAGACUGAUCAACAUUACGGGCAGCAAUCCGUCUUCUUCCGGUGGAUUUAUCGGUGGAGCUUUACCGUAUUUAAAAUCCGUCCAAACUGAACGAACGAACAAUUAUCGAUCCCCAGAAGCUCGUAUUCCUGGAAACAGGCCGACGCAGAAAUGGGAUGUGUACUCGUUCGGAGUUGUCUUGCUGGAAUUGCUGACAGGAAAAUCUCCUGAUUUUUCACCAGCUACAUCAACUUCUAUGGAAAUUCCUGACAUUGUUAGGUGGGUGAGGAAAGGAUUCGAGGAAGAGAACCCGUUAUCGGAAAUGGUCGAUCCCGUAUUAUUACAAGAAGUUCAUGCUAAAAAGGAAGUUCUUGCAGUUUUUCAUGUUGCCCUUGCCUGCACUGAAGCUGACCCUGAGAUUCGUCCGAGAAUGAAAACAGUGUCAGAAAAUCUUGAAAGGAUUGGAACAUAGAAAGAUAGAAGAGUUAAUUGCAAAUAAAAUUACGAACUUCAGCGUAUUUUGCAAUUACAACGGUAAUUUUUGAUUUUAGCAAUUUUAAAACUUUCAACUUUUGAUAAUUCAAAACUCUAAUUGAAUUUCUGAUAUGCUUUUGCUAACACAAAAUCCUAAUCUUUCGAUUUUCACAUGAGCAAAAGUAUAUCAAAAAGUCAAUUUAUGUUUCGAAUUGUCAAUAUCUGAAAUUAAAUAUUUGAAAUUGCUAAAAUUAAAAAUUACGUGUAUGCUAAUUUUUUUGAUUUUAUUUGUAAUCAACCCGACAAAGAAAGAAAAGACUGCUAUAAUUUUCAAGAACAGGAUUUUGACAAGUUUCUUUGAUUUCUGAAAAUGGGCAUUACAGGAUUUAACUUGAAUACUGAAUUAUUAGAAAAGUUUUGGAGUUCAGGAGGUACAUCUCUUAGCAUAAUUGGGUUAAGUAAUACUACAUUUUUUUUCUUUUUGUGACAAUUAUGGAAAUAGGUUGAUUUGUAAUUUAAAUUUCCAUCCCUUGUUCCAUGGGAUGUAUUUGUAAUAAAAAGAAAAUGUCACAUUGAUUUUUUUACAA